CCAGAGGGUGGUGGGCAUGGAACGGGCUGCCCAGGGCAGGGGGCAUGGCCACCGGUGCUGGAGUUCACAGAACGUCUGGAUAGCCCUCUCAGACAGGGUUUGAUUUUGGGUGAUGCUGUGUGGAGCUGGAGGUUGGACUCGAUGAUCCCUGUGGGUCCAGUCUAACUUGGGAUGUUCUAUGAUUCUACAAUUCUGUGAAGAGUGAUCUGUUCGAGUUUCCCUUUGUAAGAGUCACCUCAGUGACUAUCUGUGCUAUCUGUGAGCAUGCCUUCCAUCUCAGAGUUCCAUAUUUGCUCUUUCUGUGGCGAAAACCCUGCAGUCGCUGCAUUACCCAUUGCUAACGUCUGGCCAAACAGUAGCAGAGAUCCAGUGGAUGACUUUGCAGAAAAACAGACGUGGCCAGCAGCACUGCAGAAGAGCAGCCUUUGCUCAGCAGGUGCUGCUGCUGACAGAUGUGGCCUCUACACCCCAGAGCUGGGAUCUCUCCUGGCAAGGCUGAGCCUGCAUUCAAUGGAGCUGGGGACAAACACAAUGCAACAGGGUGCUAGUGUGGGAAAUCACCCUGAAACAAACAACAUACAUCAAGACAUGUGGAAAUGCAGGUCAACAAAAUAGCACUGAGGGUUAUUAAAAUCACCGACGCUGUUCGUAACUUUUACUAGAGUUCUAGAUUUCUUCUUCAGAAAAGCACACUGUCUAAGCCAUCAUGAAGUGACCUGCCAAUGAAUGGACUGCAGUGGUCCCACAGUCCUCUUCUUCCCAGGGAGCUGUGUGCAAGGUGUCUUUUUAUAAGAUCUCAAGUCUUAUAGGCAAAGGAGCAUCGAGAUUUAGAUCUGAAUGCCUCACUCUAGCAGAGCUCCAGAGUUUGCAGCAUCUUCCCUGAGCAGUUUACUCAGCGUUGUACUCAGGAGUGACCUGCACUUGGUCUCCCAUCAGUGAGGGUGAUGUGAGAUAUACAGGGAAGGGAAGACAGCCAGGCUUGUUUCUUACACAUGUGUAGGUGAUGCAACAGUAGCUCUGAUACUGGUGGUAUCAAUAACUGCAGAGAUCUAGUUAGAUAAGUGUCUGUGCAAGCAUGCCAAGCAUGCCUGAAAAAAUGUGGCUUGAUUGUUGAGUAUCACCACAUAUGUCCUUCUGCUGUCAUGCUUGGUAGGUGAAGCAGUUCUGAAGCUUACAUUGCCCAUCACGGUCAGUUACUAGGUAGACCAGAAAUGUAAAUAGUCAUGCUAUGGAGAAGCUUGAGGUAGCAUCCUGCUACCUCGGCACAGUCAUUUCUGAGUUACAGGUGUCUUUUGACAAUGAAUCUAAGUGAAACUGAAACCGAUUUUCAGAUUUGUUUGCUUCCAACCACUACCCAUGACAGCCUUCAAAAAACAAGCUGCUUCUCCGAAUACAAAAACAACAGGAAAAUAUUAACUCAGGCAUCACUGGAACAGCUGAUGCCCGCUGGAGAAGGACAGGAAGACAGAAGCUCCGCAUUUGGAAGGAAGGCAGAUGCCUGCUAGGAUGGCCCUGACCAGUUCAUUUUCCAGCAAGCCAGUACUGCCAGGCUCCGAGGGAGUUUCGACGGGGAGAGAAGUUCACCAGAGCAAGCUGGACUUUUUCUGCAAGCUAGGCUAUGGUAAGCAGGACAUCUGCAAAGUGCUGGAGAGCCUGGGCCAGGAGGCCCUGGAGGAUGAUGUGCUCAAAGAGCUGAUUCGGAUGGGGAGAAAACCUCAAGCUCUGGAGAGCCAGGCUCAGCCUCCCCAACUAAAACUUGUCGCCCGUGGGUCGUGCAGCACUUCACCUGUGCCAAAGUGGCUUGGAGAAGAGGAAGGUGAUUCCUCCAGUCACUUGAGAGCCAUUGUGAUUGAUGGCAGCAAUGUAGCAAUGAGCCAUGGAAACAAAGAGGUCUUCUCCUGCUGGGGGAUCCGCCUGGCUGUGGACUGGUUCCGAGAAAGGGGGCACACCUACAUCAAGGUUUUUGUCCCCCUCUGGAGGAAGGAGCCCCCUCGACAAGACAGUCCCAUUGCAGAUCAGCACAUUCUUGAAGAGCUUGAAAAGCAAUCAAUCCUUGUGUAUACCCCGUCUCGGAAGGUGAAAGGCAAGAGAGUAGUUUGCUACGAUGAUCGUUAUAUUGUGAAGGUUGCUUAUGAAAAAGAUGGGGUCAUUGUUUCCAAUGACCAUUACCGGGAUCUCCAGAAUGAAAAUCCUGAGUGGAAAUGGUUUAUAGAGCAGCGACUACUCAUGUACUCUUUUGUCAGUAAUAGGUUUAUGCCUCCUGAUGAUCCACUAGGCCGGCACGGACCCACUCUUAAUAAUUUCCUCAGCAAAAAGCCAGCACUUCCUGAAUCAACAUGGCAGCCUUGCCCCUACGGUAAAAAAUGCACUUAUGGUAACAAAUGCAAGUUUUACCACCCAGAGAGGCUGCAUCAAGCUCAACUGUCAGUUGCUGAUGAACUCAGAGCCAGAACAAAAGUGCCCAUGAGCCUGGGCAAGGUGGAGGAGAUGUGCAACUGCUCUCCGUAUCGGACUGGCAGAGAGCCUAUGCCUCACAACCCUGUCACAAAAAUGCCACAGGGAGCCAGCAGGGGCAUGAGGGCCUCUUGCUAUGCAGCAUGGUCCCCAGGCAGCUACCAUGCACAACCAGCUGAUGCCUGGGCCAUCAGCUCCAACUCUGGCCUGGAGUUGGACCAGAAACCACCAGAAGCCCUCAGAGGCCAAGCCCUCAUAGGAGACAUGGCAGCACUCUCCAUCAGUGACAAGGUGUACUCUGGAACCAGAUCCGCGUGCACCUCACAGGCCAAAGAGGUGUCUGACAGACCUCAUAGCUGUUGUAGCCUGAGGCACAACCCCUUCUUGCUGCACCACCACCACUGCUUGGACUGCACCUGCUUACCAGGGAGCCCCUUCCAGCACUCAGUGAUCCCACCUGCUCCAGGCAGGCACCUGGAGCACCGCUGGCCCCAGGAGUGCUGGUCUGAUGGGGCCCAGACUGGGCCAGCCCUGGAGGCGCAGCAGCAGCAGCACAUCCCUCCAUCCUCUGUGAUGCCUCUAGCUGAGCCACUGCAAGUGUACAGAGAGCAGCCCCAGUGCUGUUUCCCCAGCCAACCCUUUCUGCUGAAUGCCACGAGCAGGCCUGACUUCUUCCAGAAAGCCUCUGCUCAGCCCAGUGCUGCUUACUGUGAUUACUGGCCACCCCACGCUGCAAGACCUCCUGCCCAGCAAACAAGUGUCCACAGAGAGCUGUGCACUAUUUUCCCCUGUGCCGAAGUGAAUCGAGUCAUGGCACUGUACCCUGAGAUCAAGGAUAUUGCUAGCUUGACAUUACUGAUUCAAAGACACAGAAACUUGUGACGCCUCCAAGUUAAACCUUUCCCACCAAGUGCAGAGCUGCUAUUCUCAGGUUUAUCUGAGUGUUAUCAAAGGGCUUUAUGAGUUGAAUUACAGCUGUUCAAGUAGCAAACAUCUGAGCGUCAACCAGUUAUGAUGCAUGAGGCAUUGAGUCAAGGCAAUUGUUGUGGUUCACAAGGGUAGGAUCUUGUCUACUUCACUUGGGAAUGAGUAGGGAGGGCUUGGGUUUAAUAACUGAGCUGCCAGCAUGUGAACCUCACAUGUUUUUAAUGUUCUAAUGUGCUGUUUAAAUACCACCAAGGAGCCAUUCUCCAUGGGUCCCAUUAAAGGGAUCCUUAUAAGACUUAUCCCGACUAGCCUGCUCAGCUAGCCAAAAAAAAAGUGAUUUGGCAUAUUUCCCCUAACACUGGGCUGUACUUCCUACUAGAAGGCAUCUUUGGGCCCGUGUAAUUACCUGAUGGCUUUAAUUACAAAGCAACCAUGUCCUAGACCUUUAAAAGACCCAACUAGUGUUUAUGAACCAAUGCUGUGAACCCCAAGAUUACUAGUAGAGGUAGCAAAGAAAGACCCCAGAGCACCUGGAAACAACUGCAGGUACGUUUCUCAGGGCUCAUGCACAAUAUAAGUCAAGUGAGGGAAGCCCUCUGCAAUAUAAAAAAGUCCUAUUGCAGACUGAAGCUCAAGGCUGUUCUUAUUUGACUUAACAUAGCAGAUAGCAAUGGAAAAUAAUAAUAAUAGUAGCUCUGGACUGCAUCUGUCCUAAUAAAGAAGAAAAAACAUUGUUGAAUUAACCCUUAAUUACCAAACGUGAUCCCAUAAUGCCACUAUACAGAUGAUUUAUGAUGACAAACAUUUAAACUCUAUUCUGCUGGGACGCGUUUGAUUUUCAGUAAGCUGUAAAGCUAUUAAUCUUUGUGUUAUUCCACUGAAUUUUUUUUUUAAGUUAAAAUUCAAGUGUUAAGGUUGAUCCUGAAUGUUUUUUGGCAUUUUACCAAAGUUUAAGUAUGUCAGUAUGACAGAUCUUAAGAAUUAUUUAGCAUGUUAUAAAAUGAACACCUAGAACACUUUGCUCUGAAUAGGUUCUGGUUUUUUUAUUCUAUUCCUUUUAGCACUGAUGGAUAAUUAGGUCCAACAUUGAGGUGGCCUUUACAGAAUCUCAUAUGCAUCAGAGAAUCUCUAGUGGGUUCUUCUCAGAAGUACAGUCAGGCAAUAAUUAAACCUAGCUUGCAGUGAAUGCUCUUGGUUUGGAAAGGCGACCAAGCAGAAGUAAUUUACCUUUAGUGUUACUGUCACAUGAUUCAUUUUUGUAUUUGUGAGAAGAUUCUUCAGGAAAUAAACUGAAUCAGCUGAA